AAGGAAACUUCUCAAUGAAACUGAGGAAAGUGAGGACUGAAGACAAAGGAGAGUUCAGGUGUGAAGUCCACUCAGAUACUGAUUCUGCCAAUACAACUGCCAGGAUUGCAGCACUGGGUUAUUCGUCCCUGCAUUGGCUGAUUCUGGGGCUGUGCAUUGCUGUCACACCUGUAGUCCUACUUACUGGUGCUUUAUCUGUCAGCCAUUUAAUAAGGGGAGAUAAAAGCAAAAAGGCUCUGUUGAGUCACUGGUCACAUCUGACAGUUCCACCAAUCAUGGUUUCCGCAGCCUUCAUCCUGUGUGGUGUAACUGAAGGAUCCACAGAAGAGGCUGUUACUUGUCCUGUCAUCAAUCUGCUGUAUAUCCUGGUGUUGUUUUAUAUGGCUCCGUAUCGGAAAUUAUUCACAGCUACAUGGCAGUUUAUUAUAUUCCUCACUCUGACAACUGCAUUUCCCAUCAUUAUGGUUGGUGUACUAACAGGUUCUUUCAUUGAGUUUUCAGCAAAAUAUUCUCCAACUCCAGCUGAGAAAGCAACAUUUGAAGUCAUUUUUGGUGGAAUCAUAUUCAUGUUCAUCUUUUUUGUCUUCUUCCGAAUCGUCACUAUUAUGGUUUUAAUAAAAUAUUCUGAAGAGAGUGAAAAAAAAGAGAAAAUACUUGAUUGUGUAGCAGGAAUGACAGGAGCUGCAGUUGUGGUAAUUGUGGUUUCAUCCAUAA